GAUUUGCAUUUGGUUAACUCAUUUCUUGACAUAUAAUUUUGAAGUGCAGUUCAGAAAAUCAAAUACUGAUUGGAAUAGGAGUUUAAUUGUAUCAUUUACUGCAAUGCCAUGAGUGGCCAGAGGUUCCUCGUUAUGGAUCCUUCCACCAUGAAAGAGGAACAAAAUGUCCUCCAACCCUGCAAAAUGGCUGCCUUCUUUGAGAUCAGUCCCUCUCAAAAACCUAUGAGGGAAAAGAAAGUGGAAGAAGUUUCAGUGCUUCGCCUUAUCCACUUUACUCACUGCCCAAAGAUUGACUUUGAUAAAGUAAAGUUUGGAAAUGAAUCCACAAGAAUCCUACGCAUCUUGAAUCCAAAAGAUGUCACCCAGGAAGUGGUGUGUGAAAAGCUGCCAAGUGAAGAGAGUGGCUUCAGAAUUUCACAGACAUCAAUGGUGCUAGCUCCAACCGAGAGCUGUGACGUGGAGAUAUGCUGGCAUCCCUCAAAGGAAGGCUCUGUUAGGGAAACUCUUCAGUGGCGCUCCAGUGCUGGAGUGCGUGCUCAAACUGUUAUUUUUGGCAACUGUUUUCAGCCGGUGGUCAAGAAGAAAAAGACCCGCCUGGAAACUGGCAUGUCCAGAGCAAAGCCUGCAGUCGUGACAGUGAAGGCAUCUAAAAACAAGCUAACUGAUGUUAAUAAAGAAAAUACUGCCCCUGGUGUUCGUGUUACAAGACCUUGGGUUAACGUGCAGCCUUCUCAACAAAAAGUACCAUUCAAAUUGACUGUGCAGCCUCAGUCUUUCAAGUUUUCAGAGAACAGUACUGUUGGAACUCAAGCUAUGGGGGCAUCCAAAAAUUCUGCAUGCCACAGCAAAACUAAAUGUGAUCGCCAGUCCAGCCAAGGAAUUCAAGACAGUCUCGGAUAUUUUAACUCCCAUGAAAACGUCACUGUUACCAGCAACAGAGAAAUGCACGAAGUUGAGGAGAGUCUUGUUGAAAAUUCUGAAAGUUUUCAUGCCAAAGAGGUUCACUACGCUCGAGAUUAUGAAUCUUUCACUACUGACAACGAACAAUGUACAUCCAAGAAUUUUCUAAGAGUUGGUGAAUGUUAUAGCCCUAGCCUAAAACCUUCAGACAAGCAAAAAGUGACAAAGAGUGGUAUUGGUCAAUAUCACUUUCACGAUGAAAAUGAAGAUCUUCAUGAAGAAUCCAUUGGUGUUCAACUAAGUGAUAAGUCACUUUCUUCAUCUUUUUUAAAGAAAGGCGGGGCAAAGAAACAUGUAAUGUGGAAAGAUACGUGCAGUAAUACAAGUGAAGUAACAGAAAAAUGGCUGAAGGAGACUACUCAUUACAUUGAGGAGCGUAUAGAAACCUGUGUAGUAGUGCACGAAGAAGAAAUUGUAACCAAAGAAAGGUUUUAUUCCACUGAAGAACAGCCAUCCAAUGCAGGUGAACAUAUCUUCAAGAAAAUUGUUGCUGGGCGCCUGCCAGAGUGCACCGUUACCUCAUCUCCUGCUCGACGCCAGACUUUUGUCAAGAAUGAAACUUACAAUUAUGAGUCUGAAUGUGUAGAGAGCUCAGAUGAUUGCUUGCAAGAAUCGCCGGUUUUGCCCGAGUCGAAAACUAAAAUUUUCAACCAGGACGAAGAUUCUGACGUGUUUCCUCCUGAAGAAACUAAUAACUUUCCCACCUUGGCGUCAGAUGGCCAUGCAAGGCGAGCAACUUUCACUGCUGAAACCUUCACAAGCAUUGACGAUGGCAAAGACCUUCCACCUUGUAAUGUACAGAGCUCUCCUCUCCGAAGAGAGACUUACGUUAAAGAUUCGGCAGACUGUUUGAGACGAUCAACUUUUACGGCCGGUGCCAAGCUCGUUUCUAAUGCGUCUCUCCGUUUACCUGCAUUCCUUCCCGAAGAUGAUGAAAGCUCGCCGUGCUAUCUCUCGGCAGAGUCACCCAUGCCUAAGAUUUCUCCCGCUACUCCGGUUGCUCGUCAAAAUUUGACUUCAAGCAGUCUCUCCAACAUAGCCGCUUCGUGCAUGAGCCUCUUGAAUCGACUUGACGUUGAUUCCCCCAAUUCAACUAUUGCUAAUGUCUCUCCUUUUGAUGUGAAAAUCAACAAUUUGAAUGACGAGGUUGGACUUGAUAAUAAAUCAAUUAAUUCUUUGCUUAAAAAGUGCAAUAUUGCAGAAACUGGAGAUAUAACUGACAGCGACAUAGACUGUAGCCUGAGUCUGUCCUUUCUUGGUGUUCAUGGUCCACUUGAAGGAAAUCAUCCGACAACUGGAGUACCGGGCAAUGUAGCGCAUCCUGCUCUUGAAACGAGUCCUUUGUCCGUGCCUGCUAUGCCACAGAUUUCGAAAUCUCCUUUUCAUAGGCCAGGGUCGUGCGAGGAUAGCCAAAAACUGAGCUUGGUAGAAAAAACGAAAAUGGGAAUGUAUUCUUCUCGGAUUGUUACAGAUGAUCUCACAGUCACACAAGUGGAAACAAAACCUGGUGUAAAUGACGUUCGUGAAACCGGCGAAUUUUUGCCGAGUAUCAAUUCGGAGCCGUCGGAAGCGUUUUCAGAUUCACUCGAGAAUAGACACGACUCCUAUGCUACUGGAUUUGAACGUUCAUACAGCUGUGAUGCGAAACUUUUAGAUGAUGUCCUUGGGUCUCCAGAUGAGCCACUGCAGGAGCUCUCUGAUCUAGAAGAUCAACUAAGAAGACUCAGUACCGACACAGUGACCAAAGAAACCUCCAUCCUCUUGCCGGAAGAUAUAGUCAACUUGGAUCACGAAGCUAUAAUGAAACAGGAAAACUGUGAUCAUAUUCAUGGUGAUUUUGACUACAAAGCUACUACUUCCGAACCCGUCAUGAUCCGACCUUGGAAAGAUGAACAAGUUGCAGGUCACGACCAAUGUCUUCCAGAACCUAUUUUUGAGCAGCCACAUGCUGUACCGCACAGUAACUCUGAAAUAACUAAACCAAAGCUUGAUUUCUGCUCCACUCAAGCUAAAUCUGGAGAGCCUGCUGUUAACGAUCAGACUUUCAUGUGUUCGUCUUUAUCAGAAUUUAGUUUUCAUCCCAGUAACGAUCCUCGUCGAUGUUCUACCGGCGUUAAAGCUGCUCCGUCUAGCGAAGUUGCUGCUUCCCGCAGCUACAAUACAGGCAAGCGGCUUUUUGUUGCAGAUGAAUUUGAAAAUGAAAGCAAACAACCCGUUACCGACGCCAACGAAGCUGAAAACACGUUUGUGACUGCAACAAGCCCUCUUACCACCAUUGUUGAAAAUGAGAAGAUUCUUUCUGUUGGACAAUCUGGAACUACUGUGCCCAAAAAUUUAACUUUUGACAAAUCUCAACCCACUGUGGAAACUCGCAUUCACGUGGAUGUUGCACAAGAAGAUGUCUCGACAGUGGCUGAAGAGAACGUAAACACUCGUGGUUUGCAGUUCAUUGAAAUAUCUCCCCCCAAUAAACGGAAGGCGAUGUCUCCUGCCUCUAAGCUGCCCAGCUGGAGUAAAGCUAAACGAAGCAGAUUUGAGCCUAAGCCUGCAGUGCGAGUGACCGUGACGGCGCUUAAACUCAACAGCGAACGCCGACCAAUUGCUGGGAAAGUCUCAGUUGUGUCUUCCAAGUGCAAGAGCCCAGCCAACAGCGGCGCAAGGAAAGCUAACCCGCAUACUGUAGUUCUGCCCGUUAAAGCCGGGAACCUGUCCACUAAACCUCCAUUGAAGAAAUCAGUGUCGGCUUCUAGUGUGAUAGUUGACCACAUGCUGUCAUGUUCAACCAUAGCUCCACCGGUGACAAAAUCCCAGUCAAAAGAAUCAGCACUCAACACCCGACAAAAGAAACCAUUGUCUUUGGCACAGUCUAAAGAAUGCAUUCCUCGAUCGCUUUCAAAAGAAUCGAUGCAACAGUCCAGCUCCGCCGCGUUUUCAAAACCAGUGUCGCAGGUUUCGCGUCAAAACCUUUCUCAGCGUCGUUCUAUUGCCGGUUCCAUAAUAACUAAAAAGCCUGCUACCCACACAGGCCAGCCUCUAAAACGCGGAAGUUCUAACCUAAACCUACGAGCCGGUAACUUUGGCGAGGCGUCGCAAGACGCAUUGAGCGUUACUGAGGUUACGGGCCUCAGUUUAAGCACUUCGUCCUCUGGAGAAAGCAAUUAUACCAGAACCUCCAUGCGAGGAGGGCUUAAGAAGGCCGGGUCUUUGAUGUCCAUCCCCGUUAAAGUGUCAACAAGAUCCAUGAAGCUUGCUGCUUUGGCUCAUCACCCUAAUCCAUUUGCUGCCGAGAACAUGUUUUAUGAUAAUCGUUGGGUGGAGAAACAAACGGCGGGAUUCACAAGGUGGCUGAACUUCGUUCUUACGCCUCCAGAAGAAGAAAACACGGCAGCUGCCUCUGACAAAGUGGAGAUCAAGGGCCUGUGGGCCGCUGCUGUGAAGAGUGGGAACGAGCUUCGCGCUCCUACAAAGGAGGUGCUUUCUCUCAAAGCCUACACAGCAAGAGGCCGACUGAACAGGCUACGCCGUGCGGCAUGCCGUCUCUAUGAGCAGCCAUCCAUUUCGCAGGUUAUUGCGAAAUUGGAAGUUGCAAUUGACAAGAAGCUGAUCAUCAUGCGAAAAGACCGGCAAAUACACAUGGAUGUUGGCAUGAAACAGCAGUUGCUGCAAUUACUGCUUUGCUACAACACGCUUUGGCUGCGCUUGGGCCUUGAAACGGUCUUUGGGGAACUGCUUAUUUUGCAGUCUAACGCAGAUGUUACAUCCAUCACCAGAUAUAUUAUCUUCAGACUGUUGAGCAAUCCGGACAUCCAGCGUCGCUUUGCGCACCCAUCAGUGCCUCACAGCUAUAAACCAGGCUAUGAAGAAGCUGUCCAAAUGUUCCUUAAUAAGAAAUUUUUGGUGCUUGUACUUUUUCUGGACUCUGCUAAAACCAACAAGCUUAUUGAUCAUGAUCCCUGCCUCUUCAGAAAAGAUGCACCAUUCAAGUCCAGUCGCGAAAUUCUACUGGAAUAUUCUCGCCACUUCUUGUCUGGAGUUGGAGACCUUACCAAGCACCUCGGGUAUCUUGGAUACAGCGUGCAUCAUCAACAGACAUCUCUGGACGAGUUUGAUUAUUCUGUUGAUAACCUCGCCACAGACCUGCGGUGUGGCAUACGUCUUGUACGUGUGUCGGAAAUUCUGACGAACAUCACAGUCGGUUCUCUGAGUAGCAAGUUGCGAGUGCCAGCUGUGAGUCGCUUGCAGAAGGUUCACAACAUGACCCUGGCACUUAAGCAGCUGCAGGCCACGCAGCAGAACAACUCAGAAGAACUUGUCACGAUUUACCCACCAACGGAGAUCGUCGCCGGACACAGAGAGAGCACUCUAGGCUUACUCUGGGCCAUCAUUUCACAUGCUCAGCUCCUGACGAUUGUGUCACUUCGACGGCUGCGGGAAGAGGUUCAAUACAUGCAACGCUCGCUUGCAAUCCGUGCUCAUAUGGACACUGUCGCGGCCACUGGUCGGCAGGAACUCCUCUCUCUCCUGGCUGAGGAGAAGAAGGUCGAGAACAGCUCGUGCAUAACCGCUGAGAACAGCCAUGGUCCUGAUGCCGUUAUGUUGCUUCUCAAACGCUGGGUGCAGCUUAUCUGCGCGCACUACGGCCUUACGGUUUACAACUUGACCGCCUCAUUGAGCGAUGGUAGGGCUCUAUGCCAAGUUCUGCAUCACUACCACCCUGAACUGCUACCCCUUCACCUCAUCAACGACAGCACCACGUACACCAUGCAACUUCAGAAGGGCGUAGAUCUCGACGUGUCAGCAGAUGACAGCUUCAGCAGCAUGGCCUGUGCUGACGAUGUUAGUCAGCACGAGCGCCAUCAACGACUUGCCAACGAGAAAGCCAAUCACGCCAUCUUUGCUGACAAGCUGUGCUCUCUUGGCGGUGUACCGCUGCUGGUGCGGUCGUGUGAGCUCGUGAACACCAUACCCGACGAGAAGGUGAUGGUUACUUUCCUAGCGCACUUAUGUGGCCGACUUCUGGAUCUCAGCGAAGAAAUAAAGGCUGCUCGCGUCCUUCAGAUGGCUUGGAGAAAGCGUGCCCUUAGAAAACAACAAGAAAGACUUGAGAUGGAAGCCUCGGCGUGUGGCGUGAUACAACGAUGGUGGCGUCAAGUGGUACGCAAACUACAUCAUAAGAAUUACACUAGAGCUGCUGUGGUGCUACAGAAACACUGGCGUCGCCGACAGGCUCAGAAACUGCUGACACAACUUAGACAGGAGAAGCAUCUUCGCGAGCAGAACUACGCUGCGCUUGUGAUCCAAUCCUCAUGGCGCCGAUACGUUGUCUCGCGAUACAUCGCCAAGUAUCAAGCUGCUCGUAUUAUUCAGAAUUAUUGGCGGACCUACCGACAAAGACAAUCUUACUUGAAGUACAGAGACAGUGCUAUUAAAAUUCAGGCCCUGUUCAGAACUUACCAGGCUUCAAAGAAAUAUCGGCUAAUUGUCUCCGCUGUUGUGAAAUUGCAAAGUUUCUUUCGGAUGAAAAUUGCAAGGCGUAAAUUCAUCGCCAUUCAGAAGGCUGCCGUCGUCAUUCAACGAUAUUGGAGAAGGGCAGCAAAAGCAAAGGAAGUCAGAGCUCAGUAUCUGCAACUGAAAACCGUCGCUAUUAUUAUUCAGUCAGCGGUAAGAGGUUGGCAGCAGAGGAAACGAUUCUUGAAAUUGAAAAGUGCUGCUGUCACCAUUCAAGCACAUUUCAGAUCACUGAGGCAACAUCGUGAAUAUCUCUCCAUAGUGCGCGCAACUGUACAGAUACAGCGGCGCUGGAGGAGCUUGCUCGUUACCAGAAACCACAGAAAGACGUUUGUUGAGAAAAAGAAGUCCGUUGUUAUUUUGCAAUCUGCUUGGCGUUCCCAUGUUCUUAGACGUCGUUUCCUUGACUGUCGUGCCGCUGCAACGAUCAUUUCAUCGUGGUAUCGUAUGUUGUCCGCAAGGCGACGCUACCGUGAAAUAAUCAUGUCAACUAUCCGCAUUCAGCGAUGGCGUAAGCAAAUUAUUUUAGCACGUAAAAAUAGGAGUGACUAUUUGUCUCUCAGAAAUGCUGCCGUCUGUGUUCAGUCAAAUUGUCGGAGAUUCUUAGAACGCCGGAAGUACUUGAAAAUCAGAGCAGAAGUGGUGAAAAUCCAGCGUCGAUGGAAGACUUACCUUCUCAGGAAACGCUUCUUGUCGUUGAAAUCUGCGGCGGUCAUCCUCCAAAACCGUGUUCGUGCUGCCAUUUUGAUGAAACAUCAAUUUGCCAAGUAUUACCUCAUAAAAAAAUGCGCCAUUAUUAUACAAAAAGUAUUUCGCGGCUAUCGAAUAAGAAAACUGUUUAAAUCGAUGGUAAAAAGUGCUACUGUGAUUCAAGCCUAUUUAAGAGGUUAUCUCGCGCGACAACAAUUUAAAAAGCUUUCUCACACGGUUCUUGCCUUGCAACGCAAAAUCAAAGCUUGGCUGCUUGGAAGAGAAGUCAGACGUCAAUACUUGGAACAUAAGCGUGCUACAAUUUGCUUGCAAAAAUUCUGGCGUUGUUACAUCCAGCGGAAAAAGUUCAAGCAACUGAAAUGUGCUGCUAUAACUAUGCAAAAGAAUUGGCGUAUGGUUAUACACCGAAGACAGUAUCUCAUCAUUUUGAAAGCUGUCACCAAAAUUCAAGAACGCUUCCGAGGUCUCCUCAAAACUCGUAUGCUUAGACAUCAGUUCCUCGUGCAGAAACAAGUUUGUUUGGUUCUUCAGACAAGCUUCAGGCGAUAUUAUUGCAGAAAGAGAUAUCUUCUCAUGCAAAGCGCUGCCGUUACGUUACAAAAACACUGGAGGGCACGCACUUGUGGCCAGGUGAUCCGAAAAAAGUUUUUGGUGGAACGGUCGUCAGUGAUAACCCUCCAAUCGCAUCUAAGACGACACUUAGCACAGCAGAAUUACAAAAGAACCCUGCAAGCGGUUACUCUUAUUCAAUGCCGUUUGCGUGCUACAGUUCAAAUGAAAAAAUGCAGAAUGGAGUAUUUGUCUACUCGAAAGGCUGUGAUUCUGAUACAGUCUAUGACGCGAAUGCGACUUGCCCGUGAGGUUUACAAGCAGCGUCAGAAAGCUACUGCUGUACUGCAAUGCGCAACUAGAUCGUGGCUUACUGCCAAAGCUCAAAGAUCGAAAUUCUUAACGAUGAAGCGUUCAGCUAUAACUAUCCAGAAGCAUUUCAGAGGUUAUCAGUGCAGACAAAAAUUAAAAGCAGAACUUCGUGCAGUUAUUGUGAUACAAAGUGGCUUCAGGAUGUGGCGGCAACGACAAAAAUUCGUACAAGUUCGCACCUCUGUCAUUUGUAUCCAAAAUUUUUACAAGUCCUAUAAAAUGACAGAGCAUCAAAGACGUCAAUUUCUUCGUGAAAAAUCUGCGUGUAUUAAAUUGCAAAGCAACUGGCGCGCAUUUCAAUGCCGGCGGAGGUAUCAAAACGAGAAGAAGGCCUGCUUUAUCAUCCAAAGAAGGUUCAGAGCGAUGAACGUUGCACGUAGAGUUCGUGCCGACUAUUUGCAAAAACGUUCAUCUACCAUCAUAAUUCAAGCAUGUUGGCGCGCUUACAUAGCACGUAAACAAUAUUGUUUAAUGAAACUUUCUGUAAUUCGAAUUCAGAAAUAUGUGCGGGCCUAUGCCGCAGGUUCCCUUGAUCGCAAACGUUUCAUUCAAUCCAGAGAAGCCGUGCUGACAAUCCAAAAGCACUAUCGCGGCUAUCUGAGCCGUCGCAAUCUACAGCUGAAGAAAAUUGCUGUUGUUGUGUUACAGAAAAACUGCAGAAUGAUUUCUGCUAGAAGAUCCUUCCUCAAAAUUCAAGGUGCUGCAAUAAUGAUACAAAGAGCUUAUCGCCGUAUUCUUCUUUUACGAUCUGAAAGACGGACGUUCUUGCGGCUACGUAAAUCUUGUGUUGUUGUUCAAAAGCAGUGGAAGAUGAUACUCUGUAGAAGGGAUUUCAACUUGAAAAAGAAUGCUUGUGUUGUUCUGCAAAAGAAUGUCCAAAUGUGGCGCCAGAAAAAGAACUUCCUACUAAAACGUCGAGCAGCUCUCGUAGUACAAAAGUGGUUCAGAAAUAUCUUACUCGGCCGGGCUCUACGACAGUAUUUCGUACAGAAAAGAAGUGCGGUCAUUUGUCUUCAAAGCCAGUGGCGAAUGAUACUUUGCCGUCGACUUUACCUUCGGCUCAAAUUAUCUACACAAGUCAUCCAAACUUCUUACAGGGCGUUGAUGUUGACUCGACAAAUUCGCGAGGAUUUUUUAAAGAAAAGGAUCGCUGCCCUCGUCAUCCAGUCUCUCGUGAGGCGUCAUUUGACCUUCAGACGUUACCAGAAACUUCGUACAUCGGCCAUUAUUAUCCAAAGACAUUUCAGAGCUCAUGUGAAGAUGCUGGAAACGCGGAAACGUUUUCUACUCAUCAGGCACUCGGCUAUCACUGUUCAAUGCUGGUUUAAGAUGGUCCAAGCCAAUCGAAAGUUUACCAUGCUCCGAAAUGCAUCUAUCUGCGUUCAGAAAAGAUGGAGAGCUUGCUUACUGCAACGACGUGAAAGGAUGACCUUUUUGGUUAAGAAGCGUUCGGCUAUUCUCAUCCAGGCUCAGGUUCGUGGUCACCAACAACGGCAGCUUUACAGAAAUACGGUAGCGGCAGCAUGUACAGUUCAAAGGUGGUAUCGUGGAGCAAAACAAACGCAAGCCGCCAAGCUUGAGUACGACGCGAAACGGUGCGCCGCCGUCACACUACAAGCUGCCUUCCGUGGAUGGAAGGUCAGACGUAACAUCAAGAAACUACGGUAUGCUGCGUUGACGGUCCAGAUGUACUGGAGGAGAUGUUGCCUUGCCCGAAAGUGUGUUCUCACUCUACAGGCAGCUGUCCUCAUCCAGCGGUGGUACAGAGCUACUCGAAAAGCAAAAAAGUGUCGUCAACUUUACCUCACUCGGAAAUCAGCAUCAGUUGUAAUUCAGUCCUGGUUUAGAGCCGUGCUUGCUAGAAAAAAGUUCUUGAAACUGGUUGAAGCGUCCGUAUUCGUUCAAAGCACUUGGCGAAUGCGUCAGUGUAUGUGCAUCUUUAAAGCCAAACGUAGAGCGGCCAUUUGCAUUCAAAGAUACUACAGAAACUAUUCAUUCUCAAGGCGAGUUCGAAAUGAAUUCGUGUUGAUAAGAUCUAGAAUCGUACUUCUCCAGGCUCGCUGUCGAACGAUUAUUGCGAGGCGACGCAUGCAACAGCUGACUACUGCUGCAACCAUCAUCCAAAAACGUUACCGAAAAAUACUCGAAGUCCGAAAACAUGAACAACUGAUCGCUUCACAAGCUCUAGCCAAGGAAGCGGCAUUACGCCAGUCAUCUGCUUUACUCAUCCAACGCACUGUGCGAGGAUUCCUACUUCGCCGCUCAUAUCAACGCACCCUCAAAUCAAUUGUGAUAGUGCAAAGGGCAGUGAAAUGUCAUUUGGCACGUAGCAAGUUCUUGGCAUUUAGAAGUGCGGUUUUGAUCAUUCAAAAACGGUAUAGAAUGAAUUUGUUGAUGAAACAAGACCGACUGAAUUAUCUUGCUAAGAGAAGAGCUGUAGUAUUUCUUCAAGCAGCUUGGAGAGGUGCCUUGGUACGUCGUGUUUAUCGAGAAAUGAGGCACAAAAGAUUUUCGGCUGCUCUGAAAAUUCAAAGAUGGUAUCGUGCUCAAUUACAUCGUCAGUGGCUGCUACGCCGCGCUGAAGCAGCGUAUAUACUACAGCAGCACUGGCGCCGAGCGAUCGCUGCCUUGCGUUGUCGAGAGAACUUCAUCUACAUGCGCAGAGCCGCAGUUAUUCUGCAGACUGCCUGGCGAGCUCGAGCGGCCAGGAUGCUUGUCCGCAGAGAAAGAGCUGCCAGGACUAUUCAGCGGUACUAUCGCGGAUUUAGUGCCCGGCGUCGGUGUCUUCAAGAGCAAGAGGAGGUUAACCGUCAAAAUCUAGUAGCCUCUGCUAUACAGCAAUGUCGACGAAAAUCUGCUGCUCGGAGAAUACAGCGUUGGUGGCGGCUUCGGAGUGCUCUAAAAUGCGGCCUAGCGAAUCUCCCGAAAGUUCAGCUGCUGCAACGGUGGUGGCGACGAAUCCUGAUUGCCCGGCGAUCUCACAUUCGACGCACUUGCGCAGCUGUGGUGAUCCAAGCUCACUGGCGCGGCUACCUUGUUCGUCACAUCCCAUUGGGCACAAAGCCUUCAUUUCUGAAGUUAGAAGCUCCUCAGCAAAGACGUCUGACUGUAGUGCGCAAGCGCCUUGACGACGCGAACUCCCGUGCACAAAACCAGAAAUGCAUUGGUCAUAAAACGAAAUGUGCCAUCACGUACCUGUUUAAAUACCGGGACCUAAAAAUGAUUCUGCAAGCUGUUAUAUCUCUCGAGGCCAGUACGCGUUGGUCUUCUGUGUGCUGCUGCAGUGUUGUAUCUGAAGGUUCCUUGCCGCACCUCCUGAGAUUGGUGAACGAAUGUAACCGGUCCUUGCCUUAUAUGCAGAUCCUCACAUAUGUCCUCAAUAUCUUCCUCAACCUCAUCAAGUGUGACCAGACUUUUGACAGCGUUGCCAAGGUACCGGGUAUAAUAGAAGUACUGGUGCAUCUCAUGUCCAUCUAUCACGAAAAAAAUCUACUUCUCUUCACUAAAAGCUGCACUGCCCUAUACCUCCUUUCCCUGUGCAGUCAAUUUAAGAUGGCAGUUAGCGAAGCUGUCAAAAAUGAUGCUGUUAAAAUCUAUUCCAUCAUGUUGAGGAAAGUCCAUGCCCGUGAACGUGGCCGAAAAUUCACCAAGCCAAAUGUGCUUGGACCUCAUCAAUGCCCGGCGCUUGUUCCUUACUAUGCUCUCUCCAGCAGUGCAUCGUACGAGUUCGAAGAUCCUUUAUCCGCCGCUCUCACUUUACUCACUCUCUGGAAUGCGAAGAUUUAGUCUUCCGUUCGUAAUUUGUUGUUUUUCCCACCAUUCAACAAUUUUAUUUUGAUCAGUAGGAAAGAGCGUAUCACUGGAUUAAACUGCCAUUUAUUAAUGAGCCCAUACGAAAUAAAAAGGCUUCAAGUUUUUAACCAUCUUAAUAGGGCACUUUUUAAGCCUCUGCAUUUUCUAUAAUGUCUAACUUUUUUUUAGUUCAAUAAAGUUAAGUAAAUGAUUUACAAUAAAUCGUACGAUUGACUCGGAAGUUCCUGUAAAUAGAUUCAAAAGGACGAUGACGUGCGGUUCAAAUACUUAGUUCUUCCAGGAUGAACCAACGUCUUUUCUAUUUGUUUGUUUCUCAGUUUAUAGUUUGUCUGCUUUUUAGCUUUUAGUUUCAAACUUUAGGUUAGUUAUUUUUCCCGAGAUAAUAUUGAGUUUUUUAUAAUAACUUUUUCAUUUGCCAUCCUUAGUUGUCAUUUUUUUCAUUUCAUCAAAUACAUUUGUUUGAAUAAAUGAAAUUCUGUUUUGAGAUAGUUGAACUACUGAAUCUGUGUUACCAAAGUACUUCUAGUAAAGAAUCACGGUAAGUUGUACGUACAGCAAAUAAAAGCCUUUUGAUUUUUG